AUGCCCGAGGACGAAAAGAUUGUCAGCAUUCCGCUCUACCUCGAAGAAGUGCCUCGACUCAAUAUCAGCUACAAGGAUAAGUACGAACUUUUCAAAAAAUUCCAGAAAAAACUCAAAAAACUCGACUUCCCUACCGAUGAACUCUACUGGUACGAUUGGGAAAAUGUGCAUUUGCGUAUAAGGAAUGCGGACGACGUUCUUCUCGCUGUCGAAGAAAGUGGAUUCGCCAAAAUGUUUGCUCGUGAUCCACGUAACAGGGACACAUUCCCUUCGUUCAGUUCUGAUGAUGAUGACGAUGGUAAGGAGAUGGAAGAGGAACGAAAGAAGGAGGAAAUCCCAAUUAAGACUGAGAGGAGAGGACGAUCUCGUAGUUCUUCUGGCGUACGCGGCCGUUCUCGAUCUGAACCACGCCACGGCUCUCAUCAUCAUGCUGAACACUUCUAUCAACCAUCACUCAAGGCCUGCAUGCCCUGGAUAAAUCCUCGCUUUGGAUUCAUGCCAUUCUACUACGAUCCACGUGCUUUUGAUGCGAUUCGUAGUCGUAAUGAAGAACGAAAACACAAGUGUCACUGCAAGCAACUAAGUGAAGACAAGAAGCUUUAA